AGCGCUCUCCUGCGCGUCACUUCCGGGGCGGUGGCGAGAACGAGGCUCACUUCCGCCCGCGGGGGAGCUGCGGCUGUGGCGGCGCAGGAGGCCGGGCCGGGGCGCGGAGGGACCGACGGACGCACGGGCGGGCGGCCGGGAGCCAUGGAGCGCGGCCCUGGGGCCCCGGGGCGCGGGCCGAGGUGGGCUUCCCACGGCACGACAUGGAGACCUGUGGUCGCAAGGCUCCCUGGGGCUCGGCUUGGACCGCGAUGGGGCUGGGCCCUGGCCUCCUAACGGGGCUCCUGUCUGGGGCGGUAGCUGGGGGGGCGCCCUCCCCCCUGCCCGCAACUCGGAGCACCCCCACCCCUCCCCUGCUGGGCCAGGCCGGGUGGCGUUGUUGGCGGGGGCCCUGGUGGAGGCCCGGCCCGGGCGGCGCCCGCCAUGAACGGGCUGUCGCUGAGUGAGCUCUGCUGCCUCUUCUGCUGCCCGCCCUGCCCCGGCCGCAUCGCUGCCAAGCUCGCCUUCCUGCCACCGGAGGCCACCUACUCCCUGGUGCCUGAACCCGAAUCGGGGCCUGGUGGGGCCGGGGCCGCCCCCUUGGGGACCCUGCGGGCCUCCUCGGGUGCACCCGGGCGCUGGAAGCUGCACCUGACGGAGCGUGCCGACUUCCAGUACAGCCAGCGCGAGCUGGACACCAUCGAGGUCUUCCCCACCAAGAGCGCCCGCGGCAGCCGUGUCUCCUGCAUGUAUGUUCGCUGCGUGCCUGGCGCCAGACAAGGACACCAGGCUCAGGGAGGCCAUCCCCAGCUGGCAUGGUUGGGCAGGCCGGGCGACUCCAGCGACCCAGCUCCUGGUGGUUGCCUGCUGGGGUGGGGCACAGGGGCCGCCCUGACCUGUGGGUACAUCCGCCUUCUUGCCAGGUACACGGUCCUCUUCUCGCACGGCAACGCUGUGGACCUGGGCCAGAUGAGCAGCUUCUACAUUGGCCUGGGCUCCCGCCUCCAUUGCAACAUCUUCUCCUAUGACUACUCCGGCUACGGUGCCAGCUCGGGCAGGCCGUCCGAGAGGAACCUCUAUGCCGACAUUGACGCCGCCUGGCAGGCCCUGCGCACCAGGUACGGCAUCAGCCCGGACAGCAUCAUCCUGUACGGGCAGAGCAUCGGCACUGUGCCCACCGUGGACCUGGCCUCGCGCUACGAGUGCGCCGCGGUGGUGCUGCACUCACCGCUCACCUCGGGCAUGCGCGUCGCCUUCCCCGACACCAAGAAGACCUACUGCUUCGACGCCUUCCCCAACAUCGAGAAGGUGUCCAAGAUCACGUCGCCCGUGCUCAUCAUCCACGGCACGGAGGACGAGGUGAUCGACUUCUCGCACGGGCUGGCCCUCUACGAGCGCUGCCCCAAGGCCGUGGAGCCGCUGUGGGUGGAGGGCGCCGGGCACAACGACAUUGAGCUCUACAGCCAGUACCUGGAGCGCCUGCGCCGCUUCAUCUCCCAGGAGCUGCCCAGCCAGCGCACCUAGCGGCGGCCGGGGCCCCAACCGGCCGGACCUCAGCAAUAAGGCGGCCCCCGGACCUCACCCCGCGCCGGCCCCCCAGGGGCUGCAUGUGGACCCCCGGGCGGCCCAGGGGACCCCGCCCCGACCCAGGGGCCGUGGACGAUGUACAGGCAACAGAGCUACGCACUCCUUUCCUUUUGGAAGCAAGAAGACAAUACGUGAAAACGGAAAUUAAAGAUUUAAAAUUUUA